CGAACACUUUUACGACCGUCCCUUAUUUUAUACCGCAGAACUCCCAUUCGCGCACCAAGGCGCACCACGCAAGGCGCGAUUCAUUGAGGUGCAAUGGUGAUACGUCUUAGAGGUUCGCGUAAUCUCCGGCAGCGACUUUUAUACGCGACAUUAUCGGGACGCGCUAUUAGAAUUGACGAUAUCCGUGCAGAGGCGGAGAGCCCUGGUUUAACGGAGCACGAAGCGUCGCUUCUCAGACUGCUCGAGAAGAUUUCAAAUGGAUGCGUGGUGGAAAUAAACGAGACAGGAACGAAGCUGAGAUACCGUCCCGGCGUGCUGUCCGGCGGUCGCAAUCUGACGCAUGACUGCGGCACGUCGCGCGCCAUAGGGUACUUCCUGCAACCCCUCUUCGUGCUGGGGCUAUUCGGCAAAAAACCCCUUCACAUCACGCUCAAAGGAGUAACGAAUGACGAUCGCGAUCCCAGCAUCGAUACGCUACGGACCGCCACGCUGCCCGUGCUGAAGCGCUUCGGGGUGGAUAUGGGGGAGGUGGAACUGAAGCUAAUACGACGAGGCGCGCCGCCCCUGGGCGGAGGCGAGGUGAUGCUGCGACUGCCGAUAGUGAAACAGCUAGAGCCAGUGGUGUGGGACGACGAGGGCCUGGUGAAGCGGGUGCGAGGAGUGGCGUUCACGACACGUGUGGCGCCGCAGGUGGCCAACCGCAUGGUGGACGCAGCCCGGGGGGUGCUCAACCGCCUGCUGCCCGAUGUCUUCAUCUUCACGGACCAUUUUUCAGGGGCAGACUCGGGCAGGUCGCCUGGGUUUGGCAUUUCCUUGGUCGCUGAGACGACGUCGGGGUGUUUACUGAGUGCAGAGCGGGCGAUAGCCAGGUGCAGGGGGGAGCACGAGGGGCCGGGGGGGGGAGCGGGGAGAGGGGGAAGAGGAGGGGGAGGGGUGCAGGGGGAGGAGGUGCCGGAGGAUCUGGGGUUGCAAGCGGCGCAGAUGCUGCUGCACGAAGUGAAGCAAGGGGGUGUUGUGGAUGGCAGCCAACAGGCCUUUGUCUUGCUGAUGUGCGCUCUGUGCCCUGAGGAGUUAUCUCGAGUGCGGGUGGGCCCCCUCACACCGCAUGCAGUGGAUGCUCUGAGGGACAUAAAGGAGAUCCUCGGUGUGCAGUUUGACAUCCGGCCAGAUGAAAGCACCGGCACUGUCUUCCUCUCCUGCAUAGGCUCGGGCUACAGGAACCUUGCCAAGCCUGUGACUUGACACGAAGUACCUGUACUGGCACUUGAAGUGAAAUAU